CCUCACUUCAUUCGCCCUCUCCAUUUCUCCUCUCUCUCAAACCCUAGCAGCAGCAGCAGCCACCGCCACCAACCAAAAAUGGCGCCCAAGAUGGAUCCAACGCAGAUCGUCGACGUUUACGUCCGCGUCACUGGAGGAGAGGUCGGUGCCGCCAGUUCUCUCGCCCCUAAGAUCGGUCCACUCGGUCUUUCCCCGAAGAAAAUCGGUGAGGACAUCGCCAAGGAAACUGCCAAGGACUGGAAGGGCCUCCGCGUCACCGUCAAACUCACGGUCCAGAAUCGUCAGGCGAAGGUCACGGUCGUCCCCUCCGCUGCCGCCUUGGUCAUCAAGGCGCUCAAGGAGCCCGAGCGCGACAGGAAGAAGACGAAGAACAUCAAGCACAACGGCAAUAUUUCGCUCGAUGACGUCUUCGAGAUCGCCAAGGUGAUGAGCCCGCGCUCCAUGGCCAAGGAUUUCUCUGGCACCGUCAAGGAGAUCCUGGGAACCUGCGUUUCCGUUGGUUGCACCGUCGAUGGGAAGGAUCCCAAGGAUUUGCAGCAGGAGAUUACCGAUGGCGAUGUGGAAGUCCCUCAGGAUUGAGCUCAAGGUUUUGUGUCGAAUAUGAAUUUCUGUUUUAGCUAAUUGUUUUCCUUUGGUUUUUCCGAUGGAUUUUUUUAUCCGACUUUAUCUUGUGAUGCAAAACAGCGACAUUUAGAUGAAAUAUGCUGAUGCUAUCGUUUUUGCUAUAUUA